ACGUGUUACUAAUAUUAUAAAUGUCAUUAUAUUCUCUAUGCCUAGUUAUUAUAGGCAUUCAUUGUAGCAAGGAAACAUCACAAAAUAUAUUAUCUGAGAUUUUCUAUAUGAGAUACUAUUUUUUUCCUAAAUGCCGAGCGGAUAGUUAACUGUUUAAGCUUCGUGUUACCGUUAUAUAGUAUCAAAAUAGUGCUAAAGACGGCAGAUAACAUAAUGUUUUUGUAUGCUCUCCCUUGUAUAGUUCAGAAUGUUUAUUGCGGGCUUUUUAUUCGUGGUCACCCUUUCAAAUCUGGAUUUGUCAGCAGCACAGCCAGAUGCCGAAGAACUCCCAUCACUAUGCUGUAUUACUGGUGACAGAAGAAAUUAUCGAAUCAACACAACAUUUAUAACAGCUGAUUGUAAAUCUAAAUGUGUUUGUACUCAAGAUGCAUAUCUUGCCUGUAUUCCACUCUGUCCAAAGGCUAUCCUAAAAUGCCCUGUUGGUUUUAAACAACAAAGCGUCAACGAAACGGUGACCCAAACUUGUAAUUGUCCAAAAUACGAAUGUGUACGAAUACCAGGAGAAGCCACCUCAAGCCCAAAUCUUUGUCGGUAUGGAGGUAAACGCUACAAACCAGGAGAUGAAUUUACGAGAAAUUGCCAAGAAAGAUGUCGUUGUCAAAACAGUGGUCAAGUAAAAUGCGUUUCUUUAUGUCCGAAUAACAAAGCUUGUAUGGUUGAUCACACAGAAAAGAAUGUGCUGGUGCCAACACCUGACAACAAGUGUCAAUGCUUAGUUAAGGCUUGCAAGCCUUUACCAUACACUGACAAGUGUGAUGUGAAUGGUCAAACAUACUGGUCAGGUGAUAGUUUUGUGCCUUCCGAUUGCUCAAACAGAUGUACCUGUACUCCUGGUGGGAAGAUAUUUUGUAUGCCGCUCUGCUUGCCACAGGGAAAUCAUUGUGAACUAGGAGAACAAGCAGUAACGGUGCAAGAAACAGUUCUGGGAACUAACUGUACAUGCCCAUCUUACAAAUGUGCCAAGAGCGAUAAUCACAAUUCCGUCGUCGGUCAGGUUAUCAACCCGAGUGCACAAGUACCAACACACAUUUUUCCUAAGCAUCAAUGUACAACAUCCAGCGGAAUGACUUAUCCUAUUGGUUCAGUUUUCGCUGACAAAAACUGUACUUCUCAAUGCUUUUGUCAAAAUGGUGGCGUAAUUUCAUGUCAUGCCUUAUGCGCUCCCGUGGUUCCCGAUAGCUCAUGCACGAAUCCUAAAAUUGUACAAAUACCGACUGCCAUUCAUGAUGCUCAAGGAAAGAGUUGUUAUUGUCCACACGAGACGUGUGCCUGACCGCACAAAGCAACUGGAUUGUAUUGAAAACUAAGAACUAGCGCUUAGAUGAACUAUAUAUGUUAUCAUAAAAUUUUUCUAAGUGUAAGUAGACUAGGAUAUAUAUUAUAUGAUUUGAUUUGAGUGACCCGUAUAGUACUUAGAUGUACUUUUUAUGGAUUCUGUACAUUAAUUUUGCUAUAUAGUAAACGUAACAUGUGAAAUAAAAUGAAAUGACACAUAUUUAUGAUUACAAUUCAAACAAUUCCCCAGGAUUGUCGGGCGAGUUUCUCGUACAUGUGGAUUACUUCUCAAUGCAAAACCACGGACCUCCAAAUGCGAAAAUAUAUGUUCUGUCCCUCCAAACAGUUCAUAGAUGCUUUGCGGUUCGCGACUAAACCCAAUACCCUGCUCGAUG